UGCUCAGCAUCGCGAUUUGCUACACAUUGCUUUGCGAUGCUCACAGAUCUUUCCGCAUUGGACAGGGCGGGGCACUUGUGUGCUACCCCAUGUGCAUGGGCAUGUUGUUGUAUAUUUUCUCGGAAUUUCUUCAGUCGCGACUCCACAGACCACUACAGCUCGGCGAGACUGGAGAAAGACACGUCAUUGCUCCAUGGUCUCGCGUCGAACCGCUAGCUCCCGUUUGCCGAAUGUUUUCCUAGCCUAAAGCAUCGUCAUCAUACACUUGACUUGUCUCUCGCCAAUGCUUCUGCGGCUCGCUACCAAACGUGGGCGCCCCGACAAUGAAUGAGCGACAGGAGACCUUCUACACCGCUCGCCUGCCACCCACCCCAGAUGUCGACCGGAGAGCCAGCAUCGAUACUGUUUCCAGUGCUGCAGACCGCCGCCGCUGGCGAAACCAUGCUCACGUGCUCACACCUCAACCGCAGCUCCAGGAGCGCGACCCCUUCGACGACCUCGCCGUCAACCUCCCCCCUUCGCACCCGGAACCCACCGAAGCCCCCGUCUCCGACAACGGUGAGGAAAGCACGAAAGCCGAGGACCAGCCCGACAUGAGAUCCCACCAAGGCCCCAGACCCGACGCUGUCCUAGGCGGCAACGGCAACGUGCCCGGGCCCGACGAGGGCCUGCCCGAGAACGAAAAAAAGUCCCUCACCGACUACGACGACGCGCUCGCCCGCCGCCAUGCCAAACUGCCCUGGCGCGAGCGCAUCCGCCACUUCACCUGGACCUGGUUCUGCCUGACCAUGGCCACGGGCGGCAUCGCCAACGUCCUCUACGCGGUGCCGUUCCGCUUCCACGGGCUGUAUGCGCUGGGCUGCCUCUUCUUCAUCGGCAACAUGGUGCUGUUUGCGUUCAAUGUCUGCAUGAUUUCCUGCCGGUUCUACUUCUAUCCGCGCACGUUUCGCGCGAGUUUCUUGCAUCCGACCGAGAGUCUGUUUAUCCCGGCGGCGAUUGUGAGUUUUGGAAUUAUCAUGAUGAAUGUUAGUCAGUACGGGGUCGGGAUGAUUGGCGAGCAGCAGUGGCUGGAGCAUGUGAUGAUUGUGCUGUUUUGGGUGGACUGCGGACUUGCGGUGGUGUUUUCGCUGGGGCUGUAUCUGAUCAUGUGGUCUACAACAACAUUUACUAUUAACCAGAUGACCCCUAUUUGGAUCUUCCCAUGCUAUCCACUUUUAAUCAUCGGACCCCACGCGGGAUCACUCGCGCCUAAAGUCUCCAACCCGGAAAUCGCCCUGCAGAUCAUUCUGGGUGGCUACAUUGUGCAGGGCAUCGGCUUCCUGGUCAGCCUGAUGAUCUAUGCUGCCUUCAUCUACCGGCUGAUGACCCAGAAACUGCCCAAGGAGUCACUGCGUCCGGGCAUGUUCAUCUCCGUGGGGCCGAGCGGCUUUACCAUCGCCGGCAUCAUCACCAUGGGCCAGGUGCUGCCCGACGUCGUGCCGUCGGACUUCAUGGGCGAGGGGAACGGCGAGCUGGCGGGCCACGUGGGCAUGAUCAUGGCGAAUUUCAUGGGCUUGUGGUUAUGGGGUCUUGCGCUGUGGUUCUUCUUUGUGAGCGUGGGAGCGCACUGGUCGUGUGCGCGAAGGGGCAAGAUGGAUUUCGCCAUGACGUGGUACUCGUUCGUGUUUCCCAAUACGGCGCUCACGACGGCGACGUUUGCGAUUGCGAGAGCGCUGAAUGGGAAUAAGGUGAUUAGCUACGUGGGGUGUGCAAUGACGAUUGCGCUGAUUAUGAUGUGGAUGUUUGUCGUCGUUAUGAACGUCAGGGCUGUAGUCAUUCACCAGGUGCUAUGGCCGCAGAAGCAGGAGGAUCGAACGGAGGGUGGCUGGAAACAGCAGACGGCGGAUGAGCAGAGGCGGAGGGUUGGUGAUGGUGGAGAGAGUGCGGUGGACAGGAUUGUGAGGACGGUCAGUCGUCGAGGGUUGGAAGGGUCAAGUGGAACUGCAAAACCGGCUCGAUCGCAGACUGAUGCUGGGCAGAGGAGAAGACAGUGGAGUUUUGCAGGCCAUGAGAGGUAAGGCUUACUACUUUAAUAGAAGAAUGUUCCUCCACGUAUCCAAGACAAUGCUGCUUGACCACACUUGAUUCCGAGUCAGUAACGAAGACGAAUGAGGCAGCGAAGUCCC